ACUACCUCGCCCGGGAGCUCGCGGUGUGACAGUGGCGAGCCCUGGCUUCCCGGGCGAGCGGCACGGGUGAGGGCAGAUCUGGCUCUGGUUGGAGCAUCUUCGCACUCCCCUCACCACCCCGUGGCUCAGUUUAGCCAAGUUUUCAUUUUCCAUCUUCUCCACCUGCAGCUGUCUAAGGCCACCACUCUCUCUGAUCGAGAGAAGCCUUCCCACUUCGAGUCUUACGGGCUCGGACUGCUGGAAACAUCGUUCGAGAGGCGGCUUUUUUUUUUUUUUUUUUUGGUCUUUCUAAAAGUCCCGUUUUGGGGAAGGGGCUGUGGCCGGGAAGGAUGAGAAACUCCGGUCUUCUGCUCUGCCUCUGGAGCGCUUACUGUUGCUUUGCCGCGGGAGGUCCCGCAACCCUUGGUCCAGAGGGUCGGCUGCAAGAUGGGCUCAACAAAUCCAGGGUUGUACCAGCUGCUGCCAAACCCCCUGUGAGAUUUAACCUCCGCACCUCUGAGGACCCAGAGCAUGAAGGUUGCUACCUCUCCUUUGGCCACAACCAGCCCUUAGAAGACUGUGGCUUCAACAUGACAGCCAAAACCUUUUUCAUCAUUCAUGGAUGGACGAUGAGCGGCAUGUUUGAAAGCUGGCUGUACAAACUCGUGUCAGCCCUGCAGACAAGAGAGAAAGGAGCCAACGUCGUGGUGGUGGACUGGCUCCCGCUGGCUCACCAGCUUUACACAGACGCGGUCAAUAAUACAAGGGAGGUGGGACACAGCGUUGCCAGGAUGCUCAACUGGUUGCAGGGGAAGGAGGAUUUUUCUCUCGGGGAUGUUCACUUGAUUGGCUACAGCCUUGGAGCUCACGUGGCCGGGUACGCUGGCAACUUCGUGAAAGGCACGGUGGGCAGAAUCACGGGUUUGGAUCCUGCUGGGCCCAUGUUUGAAGGGGUUGACAUCCACAAGAGGCUGUCCCCUGACGAUGCAGACUUCGUGGAUGUCCUGCACACCUACACGCGCUCCUUUGGCUUGAGCAUCGGGAUUCAGAUGCCCGUGGGUCACAUUGACAUCUACCCCAACGGAGGUGACUUCCAGCCGGGCUGUGGACUCAACGAUGUCUUGGGGUCAAUUGCAUAUGGAACAAUUGCAGAGGUGGUGAGAUGCGAGCACGAGCGGGCAGUACACCUCUUUGUCGACUCCCUGGUGAAUCAGGACAAGCCGAGCUUCGCAUUCCAGUGCACGGACUCCAACCGCUUCAAAAAGGGGAUCUGCCUCAGUUGCCGGAAGAACCGUUGUAAUAGCAUUGGCUACAAUGCCAAGAAAAUGAGGAACAAGAGGAACAGCAAAAUGUACCUAAAAACCCGGGCAGGCAUGCCUUUCAGAGUUUACCAUUAUCAGAUGAAAAUCCAUGUCUUCAGCUACAAGAACAUGGGAGAAAUCGAGCCCACCUUUUAUGUCACCCUUUAUGGCACCAAUGCAGACUCCCAGAUUCUGCCUUUGGAAAUAGUGGAGCAGAUCGGGCUGAACGCCACCAACACCUUCCUGGUCUACACCGAAGAGGACUUGGGAGACCUCCUGAAGAUCAAACUCACCUGGGAGAGGACUUCUCAGUCCUGGUACAACCUGUGGAAAGAGCUUCGCAGCUACCUGUCUCAGCCCCGCAGGUCCGAGCAAGAGCUGAAUAUCAGACGCAUUCGGGUCAAGUCCGGGGAAACCCAGAGGAAAUUGACUUUUUGUGCAGAAGAUCUUGAGAACACCCGCAUAUCCCCUGGCCAAGAGCUCUGGUUUCACAAGUGUCGGGAUGGCUGGAGAAUGAAAAAUGAAACCAGUCCAACCCUGGAGCAUCCUUGAAGGUGCCUGCAAGUCCCCCCACUCCCUGAUUUCCAAGCACAUGGAGGAACGUUACUGCUGAGGACCCACCUGAUGGAAAGACCCUUCUUGGCCUUGACCCUGGAGCAAUGGGAGGAGCCCGCUUGCUGGGCCCAGCACCGUGCCUCCUGUGAUGGCUGGGACUUUUCUCCAGAGGAGACCACAUACUGCUGUUCCCGCUGCUGCUCUAGGAUAGCUCUAACUCCAGAUCUGUGUGCAAACAGCCGAUGCCCUGGCCUCUAUGCACACCGGGCUGGUUUCUCAGUGACUGGAUGAGCUUGUGCUUCACCCAACAAGGAACACAGGCUCUGAGUGACUCUGCAUGGAAGGCUGUCAGCUGCCUGACCUGACUUGAGUCAUAAUGAGGGGUCUUGCUGCUGGGAGCUGACUCGUGUCAGGAUGGCAGACCUGGGACCUUGUUCACCGGGGGAGGGAGAGUAGAUCUGGGGAGGUGUGGAGAACCCUCGCUCUUGGGGUUCGAUGGGUAACUGGUAAUGUGGACUGGUUACAUUUUAUUCGGUCCUGCUCCCCAACUCCUUCUCUAAAGCACACAUCAUUGUCUUUCUUAUUUUUCCAUUGCUCAUUUUUUGAUUGGACAAAUGUUUAUUAAGCACUGAAACUUAAUUAUCACGUGGCAGUAGAUACCUUAGUAAAUCUUUGCAGACCAUCUUCUCAUUUGAAACCUAAUGGCGUUGGGAUGUCUAGGCUCCCUUAGAUGAUUCAUGAAUAUGCACGUGAUAUGAAAGGCAUGAGAGGCACUGGGAGGGCUACAGGAUGUAAGAGUUGGGGACCUGAGGCUUUAAGUGAUUUCUACCUAUUUCUUCUUAGUUAAAGUGCAUUUCCCUUAAGAGUUAUAUUUUUGAUCACCAGCAGAGUGGCAAGCGGAGUGUUAUACGUGUUAGGGACAGAAUGGUGCCAAUUGCUGAAUAUGAUUGGCAAAAUCUCUCCUGUGUAGGAAGCUGGAAGCUAUUACAUAUGUUACACAUGUCUGUUCAUAUAGAAACCAGCACCUGUCACACACAGCUGGUGCCAAGAUUGAAUUAAUGCCAUGCUUUUUCCUUGAAAUAUCUUCUUCCAAUACCAGUGCCCUUUCUGUGCCGAACUUCUUCAAAAAGCCCCUAAUUCUAGAUCUUGGUUUGAAUUAAUAUACAUGAUAUCUGAGGAACCCUUUUAUAAUUUUCAAAAGAUUUGAACAUGCAUCACUUAAUUAGAGACUCACAACAGGAGGUGAGCAGGGCAGUUACUAUUAUCUCUAUUUUACAAAACCGAAGCUUAGUGAGGUUCAGCACGGGCCUAGAAUUAUAUACCAAGUUGGUAGAGGAACCAGGUGAGGACCUAGACUUCCUGGAGGCAAUGCCCAUGGUAUGCUCAUCUCCGCAACUUCAUCAGGACUCAUAUAGCCACUUCCCACCAAUAUGCCCCAGAUGUAACAAACAAGGAAUUUUUUUCAGAGCCAUCCAUGAAACCCGAAACUCUUUUAUUAAUAUAUAACUGGGAGAACAACUGGGCCAGGGGUUGGGAUUUUUAUGGAUGAGAUUGAUUUGGAAGGAGAUGUGAUGUCAAGUGGGAAAGGGGGAGAGCAAUUUUCUCUGUACUUAGGUUUUUAAAGGACAUUGUUUUCAUCUCUAUUGUGCCAAAGUUGUGUCAUCGUUCUGUGCCAAACCUCUGAAGACAUAACCGGUCAAAUACAUUAAUUCAAGGUAUUUUCUCAAUCCAAUUGUGUGCCUUUUCUGUUGCUUCUGUGAUUGCAUUCUAGCCAAAGUAGAGCUUGUAUUAUUGACUGUGCAUCCUGGUUACUUCUGCUUUUGUAAUGGAAGCCUUGGGAAUCGAAUCCUCAGUGGGUCCUGUAUUUAUACAUUUGGCUUGAAGCCUUAUUUGUAUAUAAUGAUGCUUUUUUAAAUGCUUAGAAUACUAUUUAUUUCUCAAGUGUAUAUAAUGUAUAAAAAUAAAUAUAUGGUUAGUUUUUACUUUAUGAUUAACCAAUUUCAAGAUUAAAAAUUUUAAUAGUAAAAUAAUAAAAUUCUACAAAAUUCUUCAUGGUCU